CCAGAGUCAGGUGACUGUCUGCAGACAGAACAUGGCUGACCUGUCAGAAGACCAAUGAGGGAAAGGCACAUUUUAGCAUAAUCGAUCAUUUGUGUAGCGUCUUUUCUCGGCACAUUUGAAAGCUGGUGGACGUUAUUUCACCGGACCUUGUCAAGAUGAACGGGAUGCCAGAUGGGAUGGCAAAUGGUCCAAAUGGGAGUGACCACAUUGGGAAAGAUGCUCAGGUUUGGGAGAGACCGUGGAGUCUUGAAGAAAUCAGGCACAGCAGCGCCAACUGGUCAUUAGCAGCUGAUUCAGGGCUCUUAUUAUUCCUUCAAGACUUCUCUCAAAGAAUGCUGUCCAAGACGCAUGAGAUAGAAAAGCAGUUGGACAGUUUGAUCCGAGACACCAAGGCCACAGACAGCAGCUUGCACUCGGUCUUCAAUGACUUCCUUAUGCUCUCCAAUACACAGUUCAUAGAAAACAGAGUUUAUGACGACGAGGUAGAGGAGCCCAUUCCAAAGACGGAUGCUGUGGAGAAGCAGCCUGAACAGAAAACUCGAGAGCAGAAGGAAGCCGAGUUGAUCCCUAAGAUGCAGGAAGCAGUGAAUUACGGUUUAAAAGUGCUGGAGUCGGCCUUUGAGCACCUGGACAUCAAAGCGGGAAACUCUGACUCAGAGGAUGAGGAGGCUAACGACCGAGGCGGAGCAAUACUGGAACCCAAGGAUCUCUACGUGGAUAGACCUCUUCCUUUCCUGAUUGGCUCCCAGGCUUUCAUGGAACAAGAUGACGUUGGCCUUGGUGACCUGUCUAGUGAUGAAAUGUCAGUGGACAGCGAGAGAGACAGUGUCAUUGAAAGCGAUGAUGGCAAAGAUGCAGAUAAUUCAGAUGAUGAGUUUAUGCAGGAGACGGAUGAUGGCCUCCAUAGUAUGAAGAAGAAAUCAUCUAUGUUGAGUUAUGAGGAGGAUGAAGACGACGAUGAAGAUUCUGAUAUAUUUGGAGAGUCGGACAAGGAUGAAGAUGAUGCAAAGAGCACAGGCCCACCAACCUUUGCUGACGAGCUGGCCGCCAGGAUCAAAAGUGAACUGGUUAGCAAACCAACAGGAGAUCGAGCCUCAUUAUCAUCAAAGAAGAAAGCUAAAGGCAGAAAAGGGUCAAAGCCUCCAAACUCAGAUGCAGCUGCUGACGACGACAGUGAUGACAUGUUUAAACCUCCAAAGAUGGAUGAUGAUGACUUCUCCCCAUUUGGAGGCAAAAGUGGUCUCUUCAGUGGGGGGAGAGGCCUCUUUGACGAUGACGAUGAGGGUGAUUUGUUCUCUGAGGCACCAAAACCCAAACCUGUGUCCAAAGAAGAGAAGUCUGUGAAGGAAAACAUCAGAAAAAACACUCAAACUGCAGAAUCCUCUGACAAACAUGGCAAGAAAAUUCCACCUGGUGCCGUUUCGAUAUUUCCAGAAAACAGCCUUUUUAAUACAGUGGAUGACGUGACGAAGAACAGUGAAAAUGAAGCUCCAACAAGUAAGACCCAUGUCCACUCCAAACCGAGUCCUAUCCCAUCUGGAGGUGUAGGAGGGUUGUUUGAUGAAGAUUAUGAUGAUGACGACGACUUUUUUGGUGGAAAAAGCCAAAAAACAUCUUCCACCGCUGCAGAGGAAAAACCCAAACCUCCAAAAGCCCUUGGACUUUUUGAUGAAGACGACGAGGAUGGUGACAUAUUUAGUGAAAAGUACAGUGCCUCAACCCCAGCUCAAAACAAGAAGGUGGAAGAGACGGUCAAGCCAUCAGAGAAGAAUAUUCCUGCAGGGGCCAUCUCUAUGUUUGGUCCCGGGACUAAAAGCUUACUGAAUGAGGCCCUGAUGAGACGUCAGCCGUCCACCACCAGUGAGGAGUCUGAAAACUCGGAAAAGAAUGGGCUGGUUCCAGAUGCUGUACCAACUGUCAGUCAGACCCCAAAAUCCAUGACAAGUAGCCUUUUCUCAGAUGAUGAAGACACACAGGUAUUUCCAACUAUUCCCAAGAGUCAGUCCAAUCCUGACACAACAAGCCAGAUCAAAAUCAGCCAGCAUCAUGUGUCGUUAUUUGAUGAUGAUGAUGAAGAGGAUCUAUUUGCGUCUGCAUCAAAAUCUAAACCUCAGGCAGCUAAAACCGUCACACCACAGCCCAGUUCAGCUAUCUCUAGCUCUCUUUUUAGUGAUGGUGAGGACCAAUGGAUAAGCCCCAAAGUGAAUGUCACCAAGCAGGAGAAUAAGACGGGUGGAAUGAAACCAAGUGCCAGUGCCCCCACCAGCCUCUUGAGUGUCACACCAUCGCAGAAAAGCAGCCUAUUUGAUGAAGAUGAGGAUGACCUGUUUGCUCCAGUAAAAGAAUCAAGUCAGAAGAAACCACAGAGGGUUUCUCUUUUGUUUGAGGAAGAGGAUGAUGAAGAUGAUAGCGGCUCGCUGUUUGGGAUUAAACCGAACAACACAAACACAGCAGAUCAACCCAGAUUGCAACAGGCAUCGGAUGCUAAGAAGAAGGUGCCGGAGAAACCGUCAGUGCCGGAGAAAACGACAUUAAAGGCCGCUGGGACGCUACUGUCAUCACUUGAGAGCAGUGAUAGUAAAAAGAAGCCUGUUGGAGCCGUCAGCCUGUUUGGGGGCAUUGACGUUCUUGCCAACAAGCAAACAAGAAGCAUGUUGGAUGAAGAUGAUAACGUCCCGCCACCAAACAUUAAGACGCAGGAGAAAGUCAAACCAAAUACUCUCAGUCUGUUUGAUGAUGAUGACGAAGAGGACAAGCCUGCUCUAUUUGUCACCUCCAGUAAACCUACAGCCAGAGAUGCUCCAAAGCCUGUUGAGGAGCAAUCGCAGGCAAAAAGCACCGGUGUGUUCCUGGAUGAGGAGCUGUUGUUUAGUUCCACCCAGCAGAAGGACAAUGAUCCAGAUGUUGACCUAUUUGCCACCUCGGACAAAACGACAGGCACAAAGCUCAGCUCAGUGAAGCCGGCGACACCAAGUCUAUUCUCAGAGGAUGAGGACGAUGACCUCUUCAGUUCCAACAAGGCCAGAAGUCCUCCCCCGAGAGUUGCAGAGAAACCCAGUAUAUCUAAUGACAGAGCAUCGCUCGUCAGUCCAGAUCCUGAAUCCGUUUCAGAUAUGCAGAAACCUGCACCAAGCCCUGUAAAACCUAAAGAGCCGUCAUCAAGGAUUGGCAAACUUCAAGCAAGUCUGAAGAUCAACCCCAAUGUGUUGCUCCCUGGUUCAGUCCCCAUUAUGCCUGGGGCUGUGAGCGUGCUCCCUGGUCUGGAUCCCAGUUCGUCUUCUGGGGUAUCCAGCUCUAGUAUUAGCCCCAGCCCUGCUACAACUCCUGUUGGAGCCCAGACCGACAUUGAAGGGUCAGUGAGCUUCGACACGCCUCUCCAGGCUUCCACUUUGCAGAGUGCACACAAGAGUCGCGUCAAAGGUUCUGUACAUCGAAGACCUCAGUCCAGAGUAGCAAGACAGCAAGCUGCUCAAAGAUCCAUAGAGGAGCAAGAAGAGAUCCGUGGUGGACACCUCUCUGAGUCUAACCCCAGUUUGUCAUCUCCAGACGACUCAAGCCAGACUCCCACUCCUCAGAUUACAGAAUCAAACACAUCCUUGCCUGACACUCUACCGUCUCAACCUCAACCAACUCAAAUCUCCACCAAGCCCUCUCUCCCAACAUCACCUCUAUCCACAAAUGCAAAGAAGCAAGACUCUCGUAACCACAGCCAAGGCAAAGUGUUGCCUUCCUUUGAGGAGGGCGACCUUUUUGGUUCUGACAGCCUUUUUGGAUCCAUCUCUUUCGCAAAUACUCCUGCCACCAAACCCACAAACACCACUAACGUCCAACAUCGUGCAGACACUGAAGCAGUCAAGGAAGAUAAAAGCAAUCUCCCAUCUAUUUUUGAUGACAACAGUGAUGACCUCUUCCAAAAGGUGACAUCAACUUCGAAGGCAGCCAAGGUUUCAGCCUUUUUAGAAGAUGACGACGAUGAGGACAUCUUUGGAGUAAACUCAAUGUCCACGUCCUCCAGUAAUAGCGUCAUCAAGAGUAGCAAAAGCUUUUCAAAGCAGGACAUUUUUGAGGAUGACGUAGUAACCACUUUGCCAAAAGUCCGCAAGAAGGACAAAGACAAGCCCAUUGAUUUCAGCCUGUUUGAUGACAACAUUGACAUCUUUGCUGACCUGACAGACUCUUUUACACCAAAACAGAAGACGAGGACAAAGGGAGCAACCACGUCCAUAUUUGAUGACGACACAGAUGAUAUCUUCACACCAAGCACAGUCAAAACUGCCACAAAGGCUCCGCCCAAGUCAAAGAUUCCGCCCCCCUCCCAGGAGAGCAGCACAGCAUCACACUCAAGCAACAUAUUUGAUGAUCCACUUAAUGCUCUUGGUAGCAAUUGAAGUAUUUUGGCUAGAUUUGUAUCAUUGUGAAUCAACUCUUUGUAACAUGUAGAGAUCGGACACACUGUUGAUGGAGAUAUUUAUUCAUAUGCAUAUCAACACAGUCAUUUCGUGUACUGCAAAUAAAUAAUGUCAUUGCAUCAAAUCCCAUAACGUAACAUUUAAUUCAAUGCUGUUAAUGGUUGUUGUACAUGAUAGCACUUUAUAAGCAUAACUGUGUGCUUAGCCUCAAAGCCUGGAGAAAUUAACAGUCAAUUGUUUUGAAUGAUGUUCGUUUGGCUUUGCCUUGUUGAGAUUCUAUAGGUUUGUGCCAAGUCAUCUUUAUGUCAAAUCAAUGUGUGUGGCCCCUUCCCCCCCCACUGUCUUAAGCUUUUUGACAAUGUUUUUAUCAACAAGAAGCCCAUGCAUUUCUUAACUUUUGCUGUGAUAAAAAGAAAUGUAAUUUUUAUGAAUGACUAAAAAGAAACAUAUUUUAUACUAUCUGGAGUA